CCAACCCCAACCUUGUCCCGCCGAACCAAAUCUUUUUCCAUCCGCCCAAUUGUUCGCUCAUCCCUCCACCUAAACAUCCUCCUCUCUCCUACUACUAAAAUAAUGUCGAUUGUCACUUACGCUGACAGUGCUCCCUUCCAGGAAGCCUAUUCCGACGACAUCACUCUUUGACCGUCUGGUUGAAAAACCGGGAGAAAAGAAUUCCGCUCCCAGCUCGCAAUCAUAUCAUCAUCCAUCCCCUCCCUCCCCGCCAAAUUCUCUACAUAGUCCCCGCCCUCGGGCUCGAUUUGGAGCCAUUCCCGCCGAAAUUAUCGCCGUGUCGCUCGGUUCGACCCCUAAUCCCGACGACAUCCCCCAAUCCCCGAAGAUGGUGCGGAAUAUUGUCAUCUUGGGAGGCAAUUCCCACAAGCACCUGGUGGAGAAUGUCUGCAACCACUUGGGCAUCCCCCCCGGAAAGAUCACCCUCAGCAAGUUCUCCGUGGGCGAGACACGCGUCGAGAUCGAAGAAUCCGUCCGAGGAAAGGAUGUCUUCGUCAUUCAAUCGGGCGGUGGAAAGGUCAAUGACCACUUCAUGGAGUUGCUGAUCACCAUUUCCGCAUGCAAAACCGCCUCCGCCACGCGAGUCACCGCCGUGCUCCCACUCUUCCCCUACUCCCGACAACCCGACAUCCCGUACAAUAAAUUGGGCGCGCCUCUCUCCAAAGGAGUCGUCCACAGACAGCGGAAUGGGGCCUACACGUUCGACAGUCGGCCGCAGUCCCCCAACCCCAACUCCGCCGGCCCAACCGAGCCGCAAAAUCUUCAGAAGCAGCUCGGUCGAUUGCAGAUGACCAAUGGUGAUCACACCAAGGCCGACGAGAAGCGGAAUGGAAGCGACCAUACCUCCACUCCGACCGAGCCUUCGAAGGCGCCGUACCACAGCACCGCGGCCGAAAUCACGCAACCGCCCAAAUUCGUGCCCCAGCGAGGGUACAGGCAAUGGGUGGCUCAGGCCGGGACAUUGGUCGCCAAUCUCCUCACCUGCGCGGGAGCGGACCACGUCAUCACGAUGGAUUUGCAUGACCCGCAAUACCAGGGAUUCUUUGACAUCCCCGUUGAUAAUCUGUACGGACGGCAUUUGUUGAAGAAGCACAUCCAGUUCCAGAUCCCCGCCUACAAGAACGCGGUCAUUGUGAGCCCCGAUGCCGGAGGCGCGAAGCGGGCCACCGCCAUCGCCGAUGCUCUGGGCGUGGACUUUGCUCUGAUUCACAAAGAGCGACGACCGACCCAGAUCACCGACCGACAGAACGCAACGAUGAUGUUGGUUGGAGACGUGGCGGAUAAAACGGCGAUCCUGGUGGACGAUCUUGCCGACACCUCCAACACGAUCACCCGCGCGGCCAAGCUGUUGAAGAAAGAGGGUGCUACCAUGGUGUACGCACUUGUCACCCAUGGAGUGCUGAGCGGGGAUGCGAUUGAUCGCAUCAAUGCCAGCCACCUGGACCGGGUCGUGGUGACGAACAGUGUGGAUCAAUCGGAGCAUGCGCGACAGUGCCCAAAGCUUGAGGUGCUCGAUGUCAGCUCCAUGUUUGCGGAGGCCAUUCGGCGCGUCCAUCAUGGCGAAAGUAUCAGUGUUUUGUUCCAUCACAACUAGAUUCAAGAAGGCGUUCAUUCAUUUCAGCAUAGAAACCACCCAGUUACAUGGCAGGAAGACAACCGUGGCGACGUGUUCACCGGUAAGGGUGGAAUUUUCGGCAGUCUCUGUGGUUGGAAGGCCCCGCGGCGAGGAUCGAGAAAGGGGGCUUCCGACCUGGAAUUCGUUUUCGCGCACAGAUGCAUGGGGGUAACUUGGAACUUCAAUCUAUAUCAUUCUCCGGCAAGGUGCAUUGUGCGUCUGCCUCUGCAUUAUGGAACGGCGCGGCGGUUGGAGAUGCAUCAUCGAUAGGUCCCGCACCAUGGUAGAUUGUCGGCACAUAAUAUAUAAGUACCAGUAGGUACGGUAGCCAAACCUCCGCGGUUUAUCUGUCUCCACGUGUCUGUACGGAGUAAGUGGUUAGUAGGGAGGGAUUGUCCCGUGAACGUGCAAUCAGAUAGCUACGACACCGUGCAAUGCCCAUAUUAGG